AAAAGAAUCAGUUUUUAUGGACGAAAAGUAUUUUAUCGAUGAGUAAGGGAGAGUCUCUUUUCAUCGACAAAGUGGUAGAAAAUUUUAUCAUCGUCAAGAGAAUGUUCUUUCAUUGGUAACGAUAAACUGAUGUCUCUUAGUAAUGCUUAAUGAGGAAUAGUGAGUUAUCUACAAACAUUGUCGCCUGUACAUGUCUACCUACUGCACUUAGCAGCUACCCCUACUUUUAUUUAUUUGUUUAUUUUCGUUGUUUGGAAACUAAUGAUAAGUUUCAAUAUAAAAGGGGGGUGCUUCAACGUAGGAUAGAGCCAAAUCUCGUCCACACGUCUUAGGGUGAACUUCACCUCCGUAAAUUUACAGAUAUUUAUUUUCUCCACCCCAAAAUGGAUACACCUUUGGAUAUGACCAUGGAUGAUGAAGAAGCUGAUCGAGUCAUUAGAAAUAUCUCACAAGAAAUGAUAGAUAGAAUUAAUCGGGAAUAUGCUUCAUCUAAAUCAGAAUCUGUUGCAAAUGUCAAAAAAAGACGAAAAAGACGAAGGGUGUCAUCAAGUGAUGAGGAGAUGGACGAUCCUGAAGCCGAUAGAGCUGUCGCUGAUGCCGUUCUCGAUUCUCCCAUGGAGUGUGAGGAAGAGAAUAUCCCCCAACC